GCACGGGUGUACGAGGAGCUGAUGGCGAUCCCCGUGGUGAAAGGCAGGAAGACGGAGAAGGAGAAGUUCGCCGGCGGCGAUUAUACCACCACAGUGGAAGCCUUCAUCUCCGCCAGCGGGAGAGCCAUUCAGGGGGCCACGUCGCACCACCUGGGCCAGAACUUCUCGCGGAUGUUCGAGAUCGUGUUUGAGGACCCGCUCCGGCCCGGAGAGAAGCAGUUCGCCUUCCAGAACUCCUGGGGCAUCACGACCCGCACCAUCGGCGUGCUGACCAUGGUGCACGGGGACGACCAGGGGCUGGUCCUGCCCCCCCGCGUGGCCUGUCUGCAGGUGAUCAUUAUCCCGUGUGGCAUCACAGCCUCUCUCCCAGACUCCGAGAAGGAGGUCCUGCUUUCCCGCUGUUCCCAGUAUCUGGAGCGCCUCACCCAGUCUGGUAUCCGGGCUCGAGCCGACCUGCGGGACAACUACUCUCCUGGCUGGAAGUUCAACCACUGGGAGCUCAAGGGCGUCCCGAUCAGGCUGGAGGUGGGCCCCAGAGACGUGAAGCUGGGCCAGUGUGUGGCUGUCCGGAGGGACACCGGGGAGAAGAUCACGCUGCCGGAGACGGACGCCGAGACCCGGCUGAGGCGGCUGCUGGAGGACAUACAGACCCACCUGUACAGCAGGUAGCGGCGCCGCCCUCACUCUGG